ACAGUCUGUUUACCGAUGAUGUUUGUCAGCAAACGCCUUAGUGAAGAAUUCCAACCAUUGAGCACACACACUGUACAGUGGCCAAAUGCGUCUACACGGUGCGGUUGCCGGGUACACAAUCACCAGCUUUUCAGCUGAUUGGUACACAUUUCUUCUGCCUAAGCAAACUGCUAAACAUUUAUCAGCUGUUCCUUAUAAACACGUCGACCCGGUACUUAUAGGGAUAUCGGUGAUUCUACGAUUUUGAUAGUUUAUGUGACGUACAGUUUUCACCUGGAAUCUCCGCAACGUACUGUAUCGAAAAUGACCGGUGCACAUUCAGUUUUAAUCGCUUGCGGGAUUUUAGCGUUAUCAUAUGUUAAUGCCCAAUCAUCUUAUACCUUAACGUCUCAAUAUCCACAAAGUGGUUAUAAUUCACAGUAUGGAUCAGGAUACAAUUCACAAUACGGAACCGGAUUUGGAUACGGCCAAUCCGGGUAUCCGAUGAAUAAUCAGUACGGUUACGGUACGGGACAAUACGGAACGGGGUACAACCAAUAUGGAAACACUGGCCAGUACGGAACCGGCUAUAAUCAGUACGGAACCGGCCAAUAUGGCACCGGUUAUAACCAAUACGGUACCGGACAGUACGGCACUGGCACCGGCUACAAUAAUCAAUACGGUACGGGACAAUACGGCAGUGGCUAUGGUACGGGAUAUAACAACCAAUACGGAACCGGACAAUACGGUUCGGGAUACGGUACCGGCUACAAUCAGUACGGUACUGGUAGUGGGCAAUAUGGAACGGGGUAUAAUCAAUAUGGAACUGGACAGUACGGUAAUACCGGCAUGUAUGGACAAUAUGGAACUGGAACGGGAAGUGGAUACGGGACGGGAUACAAUACCGGUUACACAGGAAAAAAAUAAUGUAAAAGUUAUGUGAUGGACUUGUUCGUUGUUGACGCAACUUGUUUGUUGAAAGAUGACUAUUUCCGCCGUUUUCAACUGCACAGUAUGCAGAGACUUUAAGGAGCUGUUCGCAAUAAAGUUUAUGACAUUUUA